UGAUAUUUUGGGCAGAGUCCACAACUUCCUGCAGCUUCUUCCAUUUCUGUGCUUUUGAAUUGCCAUACUAGACCAUGAAUCACUGAGGAUUCUUUCAAAAGUACACCUGUCCAAGUUUGGCAAUAUAAAGCCCCGCCUGUUACAGUUCACCUCAGCGAGCGAGAGAGAGCGAGCGAUGCCCUCUUGAAUCAGAUGAUCAGUAACUAAAUCACCAAUUGUAGUAAAAAGGAGAACUAAACACUGGAGCCUUUCAAAGCUAUUCCGGCACGUUUCAAAGCGUCAGUAUUCACUCGCGUCAGAACAGGUGCAGCAACGAUGUCCUGCAGAGGUCAGACUGUUUGCUUCAAAACAUAUAAUGUACAUAAACGUUGCAUCAAAAAUAUAAAUGGUAAGAUCCUCAAGGUUCACAGUCAAGGGAGGCUAGAGCCUGUGGCAUACUUUCAUAGUUAUCCUUCUCCUCAAUCUGAAACAGAUCACGAUGGCAUAGAUUUUUCUCUGGUGCUCUAUAAAAAACUGUUGAAUAUCCAAAUGCCAGCAGGCAUCCCAAUUGUGUUUGAGAUUACAGUCAAUGGAUCGGUCUAUCACAUGUACUGUACUGAGGAAGAAAACCGAAAAGUCUUGAAGUUUAAGGAAGGCUCUGCUCCAAGAAAAGUGCAAGAGAAUAUGAAGAACUUAAUCUUUUUCCUGCAGGACUUUGAUGAUAUCUAUUACAAAUUCGAAUCUGCAUGGGCACUCGGCUGGUUCUUGGGCACUGAGACAGAUGGCACUUUCACUUUGAAGGAAGUUCAGGCGAGGGAUGAUGAAACAAUAGCUGUCUCCUUGAAUGAAGUAUAAGAUUCCUAUCCUAUGCUUAAUAGCCAAUAUCUGCUUGUUUGUGUAAUCAUUCAUUUACAAUAUUGCUGAUAUUAACACUCUUUCAAAUGAUGUAUUAAGUUUUCUGAUAACUUGUCAGCAUUGAGAAUACCAAUCCCAAGCUGUAAAAAUCAUUUUUACAUCAGGGCUUAGAAGUGAUCCCUGAUACGCUUCAGUCACACAGUUCAAAAUGUUGAAAUGAUAAGCUAAGUAAUUACAGCUCAACUAACUUAAAUAAGGCAAUUGGUGAAUCAAUUAGAUUAAUCCUAAGAGCAUUAGGGAGGCACAAUGAGGCAAGGGAACAUCCAAGGAGGACAUCAAGUGAUACAAAGUAAAAGAAACACCUUUGGAUGGUAUGCCAGCACUAUAAAAGUUGUAGACUGGGCCAGUGAGGUUGAUGUAUGUGUACUCUUUCUCUCAGUAUGGUUAUAGAACAUAGAAGAGUACAGCACAGGAACAGGCCCUUUGGCCCACAGUGGUGUGCCAAACCAGCUAAAAAGUAAAUCAAAAACACCCAACACUAAUCCCUCCAUCUUCCUCACAUUCAUGUGCCUAUCCAAAUGUCUCUUAAAAGCCCCUCAUGUGUUAGCCGCCUCCACCAUACCAGGCAGUGCAUUCCAGACAUCCACAACUCUUUAAGUAGAAAAUUUACCUCUCACAUCUUCCUUGAACCUACUCUCUCACUUUCUACACUGUAACUUCUUGCAACACUACUUAAAACAUCACAUUGUAUCCAGCAUGUAGUUCUGUUCCCAUUACAAAGUGACCUUUACUAACAGUGCACUGGGACUGCUAAUACAAACCAAUAAAUAUAUAUUUAUUUAUUGUAAUUAGUCUGUAUAUUAUGUCUUCACAUAUUUUUAACAA